UCGGCCUCGAUAAUGCCGGAAAAACCACUCUCCUUCACAUGCUCAAAGACGAGAGAUUGGUGCAGCACCAGCCGACACAGCAUCCGACGUCUGAGGAAUUGAGCAUUGGAAAGAUCAAAUUCAAGGCUUUCGAUUUGGGUGGCCACCAGAUCGCUCGCCGUGUCUGGAAGGAUUACUAUGCUAAGGUGGAUGCGGUUGUGUACUUGGUGGAUGCCUAUGACAAGGAAAGGUUUACCGAAUCAAAGAGAGAACUCGAUGCCCUUCUCUCUGAUGAAGCCCUAGCCAACGUUCCAUUCCUCAUCCUUGGAAACAAGAUCGAUAUCCCUUAUGCUGCCUCAGAAGACGAGCUCAGGUACCACCUCGGCCUUACCAAUUUCACAACGGGGAAGGGAAAGGUUGUUCUCGCGGAUUCCGGGGUUCGCCCUCUUGAAGUUUUCAUGUGCAGCAUCGUCAGAAAGAUGGGUUAUGGCGAUGGGUUCAAAUGGCUCUCCCAAUACAUCAAGUAAGGGACCUUUUUUUCUGUUUACCGCUUCAAGUGGCCAAUUUUUCAUGUUGUCUGGCUUAGGACACGGAAGUCAGAAUACAGAAAGAGACUUGUAGUGUCUUUUUUUUUUUUUUUUGUUCGUCCACGGAGGAACCUAACGGUUUGUCGAUGUUGAAUGUUCUCAUCUCUUUAACACUGUGAAAGCUCGUGUCUUUUUCUGGACAAUGUUCGGUUCCAUUUGUUGACUUGAUAUAUAUUUUAUCGAUGAUCU